UCAAAUAAUUUAGUUGAUUCAAAAUUAGCUAGAAUAAAAAUGAUGAAAAAAUUAUUGAAAGCAAAAUUAUUUAUAAAACCAUUGAUUAAAUCCGGUGCUAUCAGGGCACCAAUGUUACAUUUAGUUAUGCCAAUGAUGAUGUCAUCAGCAAUGAAAUCAUGGAGUCAAGCUGCUACAGCCGGUAUUAUGGCUGCAAGCGGUAAUGAUAAUGGUGGUGGUGGUAUAAGCAGUGUCAUUGGUGGAAAUGGUUUCGCUAAUAUCGGUUCAACAGGUAUUGGUGGUGAUUUACGUAAUAAAUUUAUGUCAAAUUUACCAAAAAUGCCAUUCUUACGUGGUAAAGAAAAUGUUGCUGUUGGAGCUAAAUCAUCUUCAGGUGGAGGUAAUGGUGGUGAAAAUCAAGCACAAUAUAUUAUUGAUAUGAAUCAAUUUUCCAAAAAUAUGGCCAAUCUACCUGAAAUGUAUGGACGUUUUUUCAAAAAUCUUGUCACACAAAAUGGUGAUGAUAAAAUUGAUCAAGAUGAUGGAAAUACUGCAAAAUUACAACAAUUAUUGAAUAAUUGUUUACAACAACAACAACAAAAACAAUCAACAAAUAUUUUUCGUAAAUAUAUGACCAAACAACAACAACAACAACAUUCGAAUUAUAAUCGAUGUGUAUAUCCGCAAUCGUCCAUCACCAUAUCAUGUCGAACACCACAAGAAUGUUCGAUGCCUUCAACACCGAAAAUGAUUCCGCAAACAGAAUUAGCCAUUUUAGCACCGGUUAUUGUUGAUGAUGAUAAUGCUGCCGCAUUAUUCAACGGAAAUAGUAAUAAUAAUUUACAACAAAAUCAACAAUUUAUUGAUUAUAAUGGUGGUGGUGGUGGUGGAAAUAGUGGUGAAAUAAUAUCAACACAGCAAUUCAUACCAGCACAAUAUGAAGAAAUUCCAUCCACCAUUGUUACUGGAGGUGGAUCAAUGGAAGAAAUUCUACCACCAUCGUCUCAACAAUCAUAUCAAUAUAAUCUUCAACAACAACAACAAAAUGAUGGUAAUUAUCAUCAUCAUCAUUAUGAUGCUAAUUAUCCACAACAAAAUCAUCGAAAAUUAUUAGAACAAUCAUCAUCCCAUAAUAAUCAUCAUAAUCAUCAUUAUAGCCAUAGUGGCAAUGGCAACAAUAAUAAUAAUCAUCAACCAUCAUCAUCAUCUGCAAAUCGUCAAUAUUAAACAUUAUUCUGUGAAUCAAUCAAUCAAUCAUUCAUUCAUUUUUUGUUUGUUUGUUUCCCAUUCUUGUCAUUUUUGUUUCUGAAAAUAAUCUCAUCUAAUUCAUAAUUCAGUU